CCUACGCAGUCCAGCAAUAACCAUCGACACUACAAUCAGGAUUCUCAAACAAAGUAGCCUGAAAUCAAUUGAACGCCGAUAACAUGUCUACUUUCAAGAUCGCGUUCAUCGCUUUAGUGUUAGUCGCGCUGGGAGCUGUGGCUUCCGGCGAAGACCGCAACUCGGCAAACUAUGACCUGGAGCUUGCUGAGUCUAAAGGAAGGCGUCACAACUACAACAGCUAUCAACAAUCCAGCCAUGGACACAAACAGCAACAACAUGGUUAUAACCAACAUAGCGGACAUGGAAGCCAGCAAAGUUACGGACAUGGAGGGCAAUCCAGCCAUGGAUAUGGUCAGCAACAACACGGAUACAACCAACAUAGAGGAUAUGGAACCCAGCAAACUUACCAACAUGGAGGACAAUCCAGCUACGGGCAUGGUCAGCAGCAACAGGGUUCCAACCAACAUAAAGGACACAGCCAGCAAACUUACGGAAGUUAUGGAGGCAAUCCAGGACAAUCCACCUACGGAUACGGUCAUCAACAACACGCAUACAGCCCACAGUAUGAGAUCAUCAGUGGUGGUACAUACUAAACUCUUGCUAAAUCAGUUAGAGCUCCAAUCCAAGAAAUUAUACGCACAUUAUUUUGGCACAUGGAACGCAUUAUUUUUCUAAAGGGAAUGAGGUCAAAAAUAAAUCUAUUCUAAAAAAAGAGAUUAUUGUUGCGUUAUUAUUAAGUUAAAGCGAAGAUAAUGAGAGGUCCUUUAGAUCCAGCUCACUAAUUACUCUGAGACGGUAGACAGUAUGCAGCCAACUUUUUAAGAUGCAUACGAUGAUAAUAUUUUUGUAACACACUCCUAUUGAUUUCAAACGCAAACCGAUUAACUUUAAACUCGUGGACAACAUGUACGCAUGUUGUCGAUUUGAAGGUAAUAUACACUUUAUCCAGCAA